UUACAAUCUCACAUAUCUAAAUAAUCAUGUUGACUUCUACUUACUUAAAGCUAAGGAACCUGAUACUUGUACGUACCAAAAGCAUCAAAGAGAUAUGGCAAUUUUGAUGCUGCCAAAUGAUAUAAUAUCAGAAGUUCAGGCCCUAAAAGUCGGAGGAUUGGAUACAAAUAAAUUGAUAUAUACAAUACGUAUUAAAGUAUUCAGUGUUCUAAAUGAUGAUGGAGCUGUUUCCACUGAAAAUAUGGGUUAUACCCGUCUAUGUUCUGUUAAUAUGUCUAAAAAUCGGAGAUAUUGUGUGGAAACAUUAAAGAACAUGUUUGAUAAAGCCAGAAUACGAAUUAAUUUGAAUUUGCUUGGAGUAUUAGUUUCAGACCUUGAAGAUGACGACUAUGAGGGAAAAUGUAAUUGUAUUGUGGGGUCUUCUGAUAAUCCACUUUUUCCACUGCUAUCUCUUGUAGCGGAAGCUAGUCAAGAAAAUAAGAACGAUGAAAAUCAUUACAAAUGUAAACAUGGAGAUUUCCCGGAUAUUGCCUAAUUUAUAAUGAUAGUUAUUGAUAGAUAAAUUUAUGAUUCUUUAAGUAAAAUAUUAUACUCUAUCCGUUGUUAUAUUUCUGAAAACGUAUAAUGAUACGAUACAAUUUUAAGAACACCAUUACUUUCAUGUAUUAUAAUAUAAAUAAAUAAUAAAUCUAGUAUAAUUUCA